AUGAUCCCUCAGAGCCAGAAAUAUGCCAAUCACCUCUUCCAUCUCGCUCAAAUGGAAAUUCUCGCGGCAAACAUGUCUCAGUCAUCGACAACACAUAUGAAUUGCACCGAACUAAUAAAACAGAAUAAAAAGGCGGGUGGACUGGAAUUUGCCGUCCGAUUCUUUGAGCAUACCACAUAUUGGAAAACCUAUUCCCAUUUGGAUCCUGGUGAAGAAGACAUUUUUUCGUUUUUGAGCAUUUGGAAAUGUGCAAACAAUCAGCUGCGCUCCUUCCUAGAGCAGAUCUUUCCUGGAGAAGAUUUCAAGCAGCAAGUUCGAUUCAAGGAUCGUCAUGAAAAGUUCCCAGAGGCCAACAACAACAAGCAAGGUCAUGGUUUGUCGGAAUGCAUUCUGGCAGUCAUUCGAGAUCCAAUUGCUCAUUUCCUUUCAGGAUACAAUGAAAUCGAGUACCGGAUAAGAAGCAAGGAACCACGAAGACCCGUUGCUCAAAAAUGGCCAUUUGGAGGUCAGCCUGAGGGUUCAAUAGAACGCUUCGAACAAUUCGUUGCUGAUCUAUUGACCUGCCCCAUUGGCAAGAAGCUUCCUGGAAUCAUCAACGCGGGCGCCAUUCGGAAAUUGGAGCUGGAGCAUCUCUAUUCCAUGACGGGUGUUCUACGUCUCUUGGACAAGGAUGAUUCUGUGACUCGCAGCAAUCGCAACUUUCAUUAUUUGCCAAGUCUGAAGAAUCUCAAUGAGACAUGGGGACCGUUUGUUGUAUCCAGCUGCCCACGCUCCUUUUCCAAUACCACCAAAACCAAACUCUUGACCACGCCCAUGAUUACCGAAUCAGGCAAGCAUGAAUCGAGUGGAGAUCCACAUGGAACCUAUAAAUCCGCCAAAUUGGUGUGGAAACAUGGUGGGCCAACGGCGAAGGCAUUGUGCGCUAUUCAUCUAAUGGACUAUGCUUGCUGGCAAGAUCUGCCUGAUGGAGUUCCGAGAUUGUGCAUGGAUCUCUACGUGGACUACCAUAGAAGGAAUCUUUUGCUCUAG